AUGAAGCGGUCUGCUCCUUCAUCAAGCGCUCAUGAAGAGCAGCAGGCGACGCGACGUCGUCAAGAUCCAGUAUCCUGUCAAAAUGCCGGCCACCUGGUACAACGCGAUGGUCUCCGAGUCUGGAGGGGUAAGACGAUAGAUGCUCGACCUGUUGCUGUUGUAGUCGCUGAUGGGAACAGCAGGAGCAGCUCCGUGAUGCCAGCUGCCUCCGACAGCUCGGUCUUGGCAAAGGUUCUAGAGCGACUACAACGACUUGAGGAUAUUGUUCUUACAAAACCUGACAAUGUCGUGUCCGACAACGUCGUUCCUGACGAUGACACUCGGAAUAAAGUCGUCGGUGCGGUUGGACAGACAUCCAUUCCACGUCUGCACGAGGACGUUGCACAGAACGAUAUAUUCCACAGUAUCGGAAGGUCCAAUGCCUCAUCACAAGCAAAUCUCAGCAUCGAGCAGCGAGAGGACGAGUUCAGAGCUACAGAGAUCAUCGGAUCGCGACCAACGGCUCAAGAUGGCAACGACGCUAGCUUCACGUUCACGUCUGCCAACGUGUCAGAAAUUGCAUUCGACCUCAAUCUCGAGACUCCGAUUUUGACGAACAUAGCCGUGAACGGCAGCAGAGUAAUACGCCGUAUUUGUUUACCCGGCAGGGAGGAAGCUCACAUUCUAUUCCAAUCGUUUGCAAAGUCUCUCGGGUCAUGGUAUCACAUCUACCACAAACAGACAAUUGAGAUGCUGCUCGAUAAGACUUGUUAUCAAAUUGCUUGCGGCAAUGUUCCAGACCUCUCACAUGCUGCUCUGCUGCUAAGUAUAUUUGCUAGUGGAGCAUACUUCCUUGCGUUUACAUCCUCUGGGUGCGUUCUUGCCGAUCCUCAAGUCGCGAACCAAUUGUCUGUAAACUGGAAGCAGAAUGCACUGGACAUGUUGGAUCACAUAGAACGUGUUUCAACACCAACUACUGUGGAACAAGUACAGGCUACCAUCAUCAUGUCCCUCGUGAUACAGAACUUUGAAGGUAUGUACAACGUUAUAACAGAGAUGGCCAUACUAAGCAUCAAAGGUCUUUCGAAGAAGUAUUGGCUAUUGCACAGCACAUCGAUUACACUCGCUAGAGAUCUGUCCAUACAUGUCUUAGACCAUCCGGGGAGACCUAAAGCUAGUGGUUUGGUUGAGAACGAGGUCAAGAGAAGAGUAUGGUGGUACCUCGCAACCACUGACUGGUUACUCGGUAGUAUGCCUAGUCCGCAAGAAGGAACAUACAGCAUCAACCCUCGACACAGUCACGUCAACAGACCCAUGAACAUUGAUGACGAAGACCUCGUAUGUGAGAAUGCCAGCGACAAGCCACUGUCAGAACCAACCGAAAUGUCUUAUUUCUUAGUGAGGACGCAUGGUGGAGAGGUGUGUCGCGUCCUUGCUGACCUUGUUCACCCUUUGGCUUCUGGGGUCAAUAGCGUCGACUACGAUGAGAUCGUUGCUCUUGAGCAAAAGACUUCUGGAUUAACAGAAAACAUGCCUUUCUAUUUCCAGCUCGACGAAGACAGCCGCAAAAAGACAGAGCCAUAUCUCAGCAAAUAUCCACAAUUGGCGACACAAAGAUACCUCCUGCAACAGGGGCUCCACUGCCAUCGAAGCAGAAUACAUCGGCCGUUCCUCAUUCGCGGUUCUCUGGACGCGAGAUUCCAUUUCUCUCGAAAGGCUUGUUUGGAAUCUGUUCGGAAAAGUCUGGAGAUUCGUCGUUUGUUGAAUCAGGAGAAGCGUGGAAUGGUGCUGCCAAUCUCGAGACUCAACUUCGUCUUGUACCACAUAUUCAUGGCCGCACUCACUCUGGCUCUUGAUCUGUGCUUCAACAAGUCGGCCACUGAGGCAGAAGACCGCAUCCGGCGAGCGGAGUUGAAAGAAGCAUGCUUUAUGCUCCAAGAGUCCAAGACAGAGAUGCCGGCCGCCAAUCGUUUCCUUACUCCAUUGAUGGGAUUACUGCGAAAGCACAAAAUCCAGUUGCAGGACACCGGGUCUCAGAACCAGUAUCUGACACCCUCCGAGACUACAGGGACGCCAGGCAUACAGUCCAAGGGCAACUCCUAUCCUGACCAGUGCAUGUCGAAUCAAACACGAAGUUUGCCAGAGUACAAUGCUUCACUUACUGCCGCCAUCCCCGAUCUGGAUUUCGACGGCUUGUGGGAUGAGUUCAUCGACAUGGUUCCAGAUUCGAGCGCUCCAGGAUGGAACGACCUUCUGGCAGACUUCGAUCAAGCUAGCUUAUUCCUAGGCGUGUGA